AUGCCAUUGACAUUAUAUUCGACAACAUGUUUUAUAAAAAAUGAUCUCUAUCGUUUACAUAUAUAUGUUAAUGAUGAUGACGACGAUAAAAAGAAUUCUACAGAUACUCAAUUAUCUAGUUUUACAUCGACUGAUAUUUCAAAAGAGUCGAUUAAACCAUCAUUAACUCAAAUAAAGUUUCAAUUAAUAAAUGAGAAGAAGAAUACAAAUACUUCAAAAAUAAUUAUUCUUAAUCAAUUACUUAAUGUUCAACAAACAAAAAUUAUUACAAAAAAAACUAGAAGAAAUUUUAAUAUUAGUACGGAAGUUUUAAAUACAUAUGGAACAAUAACACCAAUAGUUGAACAAUCAAAACAAACAAGUUGUACAACAUUGAAUACACAAAUUUCAGAAAUUGUUGUACCACAAACACCAAUAAUAUCUCGACAAUUUUCAUUUGGACGAUUUUUUUCAACACAAUCAAAUCCAGAUGAUAAACUUAAUCCAACAUAUAAAUCAAUAGUUAAAAUAAAUUAUGUUGAUAUAUCGAAUUCAAUUAGAUGGAAUAUAAAAAGAUUAGAAGUUGAAGUUGAAACAGAAGAUAUUGCUAAUGAAUUGUAUAUGAAUUUAAAUUUAUGUUUAUCAACACUUACACAACGACCUCAGAAUCUAUUAGUUUUUAUUAAUCCAUUUGGAGGCAAAGGUCGAGCACCUUAUGUAUAUGAAAAACAAGUAUUACCUAUAUUUAAAGAAUCAAAUAUUAAUGUUAAAGGAAUUUAUACAGAACGUGCAAAUCAUGCACAUGAUUAUAUCCUUAAUGAAGAUUUGAGUGGUUACGAUGGUCUUAUUUGUGUUGGUGGUGAUGGAAUGUUUGCUGAAUUAUGUCACGGACUUUUAUUACGAACAUCUCAUGAAGCACAUUUAGAUAUUCAUGAUCGACAAGUAAAUCUAAUUCGACCUGAUCUAAAAAUUGGUGUUAUACCAGCUGGUUCAACAGAUGCCGUUGUUUUUGGUACAACUGGUUUAAAUGAUCCAAUAACAAGUGCUUUACAGAUUAUUGUUGGUGAAUCACUUUUAAUUGAUAUAGCAACAGUUCAUAAUGAAAAAGGAUUCGUACGAUUUAUGGCAACAAUGCUUGCCUAUGGAUUUUUCGGUGAUAUUAUUCAUCAAUCAGAUAAAUGGCGUUGUUUAGGUCCAUUAAGAUAUGAUUUAGCUGGAUUCUGUCAGUUUAUCUCAAAUAAAUCUUAUCAUACGGAAUUAACAAUAACAUUAGCAUCAUCAUCUGAUUCAACACAAAUAUGUCAACCAGGAACAGUAACAUUAAUGAAUAAUACUAAUAAUGAAACAACAUCAUCUUCUAUACCUCCUUUAACUCAAACAAAAGAUACUAUCAAUUCAACAACAAAUACUUCGAAUAAAGUUCUCGAUAAAAUAGUAACGCCAGGAUUAGAAUUUUGUCGUAGAAAUUGUGAACAAUGUGCUCUAGUAGAUAAACCUCAUACUGAUAAAGUUCAAUCACCAUUACAAAUCAAAUGUGAAGGAAGAUAUACAACAAUAAAUUGUCUUAAUAUGCCUGGACGAUGUGCAAAAAGUAAAUUUGGAAUGUCACCAUAUGUCCACUUAGGUGAUGGAACAUUUGAUUUAAUACUAGUUAAACGUUCCUGGUUCACAGGUUUUCUUCGUUUUCUUAUUCAAGUUGCUAGUGAUGGUCGAACUAUAGAAGAUUUACAUAAUGUUGAACGACAUCGUGUUAGUGAAGUUCUUAUACGUCCAAUGCAUACCGAUCAGAUACGUCUUGGUAAUUGGGCAUGCGAUGGUGAAGUUAUUUCUGGUAAUGAAAUUAAGAUUCGUAUUCAUCGUCAAGUUCUUAAUCUUUUUGCAUCGGGUAUACAAUUUGAUAAUGUACGAACUAAUAAUCCAAUAAAAGAAGUUAAAACAAACUAA